UUACAAAAAUAAAUUUCGUUUCAUGUGUCAAAAUAAAUAGGAAAAGAAGUCGGAGAUUACGAUUUAAAUUCGUAGCUUUGGGAUUAUUGUGCCCCAAAUUAUUUAUUUAAUGUGAAAGUUUCAGUCGAAUAACAGAACUUGAAAUAAUUUUCAUGUUUACUUUUGACUUUACCAAUCAAUAUGUGGGACUCUCCAUACAUAACUUGUUUGGUUUUGUAUAUAUUUUCUUUUCAAAUUAUCGCGACUAAUUCUCGCACUUCAAAUUUUUGGAAACUGGACGUUGAAGAAGGGCAAAUCGUCGACGGUAACACAUUGCCACAGGAUGACAGUGAUAAAACCCAGACCAGUGAGGAGGAUGCAAUAUUCAACAUAAUAACAUCAACAGUAUACUACGGCAACACUUGGACUAAACAUGGCUUUGACAUGUUUUGUACUGAUUGCCAGAUGUAUGAACAGCAAAGGGCUAAUGGAGAAAAUGGUGAAGACUCUGCGACAAGAGAAACAAAUGGCAGUGAUAUGGAAGACGAAUAUUUGGACUGUGGCAAAUCUGUCAAUUUUACAUACUAUGACAACUUGGUGGGUGUGCAACGACGACACAGACAUCCUAAUGUACCUGAACCUCAGGUUGCCCUUAUAUUCACAAAGAAGAAAUCAUUUAAAAAUGGUGUAACAGAAUUGGACAUCAAUGCAUUAGAGAAACGGCUGAAGAAGGCCAAAAGGGAGAAACCUAAGUCAGUGCAGCUUUACAACCAAAUUGGCAACUUCUGGAGGAUCAAGGGUGACACCAGACAAUCCAUUGAGUGCUUCCGGCGAGCGCUGGCAGUGUCACCAUAUAACUCUGAAGUGCUACUAAACCUAGCGCGAGUUCUGUUCACACUACAAUACCUUGACGACGCGAUCUUCCUGACGCGGCGCUCGUUGGAAGUUCAGCCGCCGGACCGCAGCGCGUGGCAGCAGUACUUCACUCUCGGCGAGAUAUUCAAGGCGUACGGACACUAUCAGGAAGCAGCGGUGCACCUCAAACACGCGCUGGACCUGCGGCCGGACUUCGAGCCGGCGCUGGCCGCGCUCAAAGACAUCGAGAACACGCCCGAGGCCACCGUGCACGUCUACACGCUGCUCAUCAUCAUUUGUUUGGUGAUGGGCGUGCUACUGGUGAUACUGUCAUCCAUAGACUGUGGCAGCGACGCCGACGAACACAAGACACAGCGUCACUUCAACCGCGCAAUGGCGAUGCGUUCGUUGCGCGGUGUGGCGUUGCCCGGCGCGCGCGGACGAAAGAAGGGCGGCUCCUAAACCCACACCCACUGACCCCCCGAGUUUACAACCUCUGCAAGUAUCAAGCAACCAUGUUUUUUUUUUGUUAAACUGUCUUUACAGAUCUGAGUUCUAGCCCUUUUGAGCCUUCAUUAUACACCGUGCUAGUUUCACCGUCUGUAAGCCGCCCCGACGUUUAUUAGUCCAACACAAGAAACCCCUUAACAAUAUUAAAAAUGACCUCGAGCUAAUUCGGUUUAAGACGAAGAAAACUUCAAGGUGUAUAUUAUUUAUAUUGAAAAUCGUGGCAAUGGAUGUUAUGUUGUAAUAGACUGUAACAACAGAACAAGAAAUUGAUUUUUUUUAUUCUGGGAGUAUUUAUAACAAACGACAAUUGUAGAAGUUCUGACUCAAAUGCUGCGAGGAUGAUGCAUAUACAAUAAACAUUAUACAUGCUGUUAGCGUUUCGUAAUAAUUAUUUUGAUUUUGAUAUAAAACGUGGUAAUGGGUGUUAUGUUAUAUUUUUUUAAUUAGCUAAAGACAGUUAACAAUCAAGGAAUUUCUAAAACCAAUGCUCUCUAAUGCUGCAAGACCUAACACAUCCAUUUCGACUAUUUGGAAGGGUCCCUUAACAGAUAUUAAGUUCUAAUGGUAAAACAAGUAAUAUUUAAUGACGUUAAUCUAUACCUUUUUUAAAAUUUAGUAUUAAAAAAAGGAAAGAUUUGAUUGUUUGUUUGAACUACUGAACCAAUUUGAAAAUCCCCGAAUAUUAUAUGGCUAUAUUUUAUCCCUACGAGAGUUUAAAAAAAAUAUAGCGUUAUGGUCUAUUAUUACUUAACAUAGCCGUCUACAGUUAGGUACAAAGAACAAAAAGCUAAUUUAGAAGACAACAUAAGCUCACUGUUGGUUAUAGUCUGAUGCAAUCUAUAUGACAUCUUGAAAAUAAGCUGCAGUGGUCGCUACAUAAUUAUAGUACUUUAUGUAUCUUAAUAUAUAAAUGCGAAAGGUCAUUCAUUUGGCAGGGAGGUAGUUCAUAGGGAGUAGACGUCUACUAAGAAUUUUGCGGUAGGGCCUAAUUAAAGAGGUCUGAGGACGGACGAAGUCCGCUAGUAUAUACAUAAAAUCAAGACGCGUGAUGCCCUGCCCCUACGUUACCGCUGAUAUCUAAAAUAUUGAUAAAGAUUGCAUCUGACAAUACACGUUUUAAUUGUUUAAUUUAAUAGUUCCUAUCAACGCAACGCCUUGAAUAUAUUGUUUUAUUUAAAUUAACAAGUUUUUUUUUUAUUUAUUUUUUUAAGUAAAAUAAACCAAAAUAAUUUAUUAAAUACAUUAAUUACUCAUCUAAUUGUAAAAUAAUAAUCUUACAGUAAAUUUAUUAGAUAUACUGGAUUUGUAACAAACAAUUUUAUACUUGGAAUCGGAAAUUAGUAUUUAUAGUACUUACUGAUUAAUGCUCAAAUUAUGUAUUAUUAUUGUUUAUGGCCAAUUUAGUUUAAUAAGUUUGUGCGCUUAUAUUUUUCUAGUAAAUUAAAAUUGUUUAUAGUUAUGUCUCAAAUUAUAAGUAGUGUUGCCAUUACUAAAAUAUAACAUCUACACGAACACCAGAUUUUUAAGCUAUUUUAAGCUUGGCUUAGCUUUAUUUUUAGUUUAAUUAAAAAAAACAUCGUAACUAAUAUAAAAAUUAAAUUUGUAUUUAUUUUUAUAAUUUUUUUAUUCAAUCUUAGAAACAAUAAAUUUAUAAGCAAAAGCAUUUAUAAACAAAGAAGGAUAUGUCCGGUUAACCCGUAAGAAUGGCAACACUAAUUAUAACACGUACCUAACACCAAAAGAAACCUCUAUCCAGUUAAACAAAAAUGAUCCCUUAAAAAUAAAAAGGGCGAUUUGUUAAGUCCAUACUUAAUAUUGUUAUGCCAGUUUGUCAUUUGACAAAUUUAUUCUAGAUAUUUUUCAAAAAGAAGUACAAAAAUGCAUUGUUCUGUGUUCCUCUAGUGCCUAUUUAACUGAACCAACAUUCACAGAAUCAAUUUGGAAUUUGAAAAAUUUUGGAUUUUGAAAAAUAAUACAAUGUACCUAUACUUUGUUCGCUUCAAAAUAUUGUCUGUGACAGAAUUUGUGCUUUAAUUUUAGUUUAUACUCUUUUGAGGAUAAAUACUCAUUGGCCUCUUAUCGAAACAGAUUAUAAAAAUUGUCUAUGGACACAUAUGUACAGGAUGUUUCUAUUUCAAAGAUUUAAAACCUUUCUCGUGUGAAAUACAACAUUGUAUAUGAUAAACAAUAAAUAGAACUAGUUCAAUAUUGAUUAGUCUUUUGUCAAAAUUACAAAGGGCAAUUUAUAUUGGCUUGACAAUGGACUUUAGAACAUUCUGUAUACUUAUGUAUUUGUAAUCAAUUGAGAUUCCUAAAGUCCGGUCGCUCAGAGAUUGCGUUUCUGACACCUAUCAAUGAGAUAUUUAAAUAUAUUUUAAUGACCUUAAUAAACAGUAAUAACAUUAAAAAUUAAAUAAUUAUGCUAACUUACAAUAAACGCAUAAAUCGUCAACUUAAAUUAAUAACUAAAUUAAUUAAAUAACAAUUAUAAAAAGGUGACAUUGACAGGUGUCAGUAACGCAAUCUCUGAGCGGCCGGACUUUAGGUUUAAUUUUCCAAAUAUGUUGUAUUUUUGCUCAUUGACUUUUUUUUUGUAAUUAUGUUAAGGUUGUGACUUCCAAAAGAUUUGUUGUUUUAUAUUUUUACUUGUAAGAGAUUUUAAACUCGGGCCAUUGAUCUAACAACGUACAAUGUUUUUAUUCGCUCGUUUUAAGCGUUAUUAUGAGUGGGUUAACGUUACCUACUAUGGUAUUUAUCGCUAUUAAUAAUAACCUAUUGGCGAGAACCGAAAGUUUUAGUACUGUUCUGUUAAGUUUUAUAUUUUACCUUUGUAGAAUAACUUCAUACGUCAAUUUCAUGUACUUACCUCUGUUUUGAGCAAGGUUUCACUCUAGAAAUAAGCAAUUUCAGCUAUUCCAAGUCAGUUUGGAUGAAAAUAUUUAAGUCCGUUAUAAAAUCACACUUUAUUACAGAAGUAUAAAGACACUAACUCUGGGCUGCUAUUGAAAAUUUCCGAAAAACAAAAACCUAAACAAAAAGAAAACUCAUACACGUGGUAUGCGUGGUGGAUAUACAAGACGGAGGUCCUGGAUUCGAUUCCCGGCUGGGCCGAUUGAGAUUUUCUUAAUUGGUCCAGGUAUGGGAGAGAGGCUUCGGCCGUGGCUAGUUAACCGGCAAAUUACCGCUAAGCGAUUUAGUGUUCCGGUACGAUGUCGUGUAGAAACCGAAAGGGGUGGAUUUUCAACGUACUCCUAACAAGUUAGCCCGCUUCCAUCUUAGAUUGCAUCUUCACUUACCAUCAGGUGAAUUUUAGUCAAGGGCUAACUUGUAAAGAAUAAAAAAAAAAAUAUGAAAGUUGUUUUUUUUUUUUUUUCAAAAAACACACUCCGUCUAUAAUUUUUUGUAAUGUCAUUUUCAAUCACUAAAGUUGCCCAAAUAAUAAUCCAAGUAAAUACAUUAAAUCAAUUCAGACUUUUUCUUGUUACUUUUUAGUUCUUAACAUGCAUUUUGAAUGAUAUAUAUUAUGUUACUUAACAUAAUGUUGGUUGUGUUAUAUUUUAUCUGUUAUUUAACAGAACAGUACUAGUAAACAGAGGCUAAAUGGCUUAAUUGUACAAAAUAAUCUUAAAUAUGGAAUCUACGACCUGAAUGGUCUUGCCAUGUCUGAUUUGAUCUCCACUUUUGUAGUCUUCACCAUCGUAUGAUAGCGUGUACCGGUUGUACCUAUCUAAUUGUGUCCCUUUUAGCAGUUUAUAGAACCGAUAUGUUCAUUUCAAUGCGAGGUCUCGAUGUUCGUUUGUAUAUAGAUUAGACUAUAGUGAACUGUUUUAUGUCAUUGUAAAAUUGUAAAUGCCGUUAGUUUAUAAUCUAUCUCGCGAGAUUGUGAACUGAUGAUAGGUUGUGAACGUACAAAUAAAAAAAAAAACAUCCUUACAAUCUAUCGACAGUUCACGAUAUCCAUCGAUCUCCUAAAAGUGGAUGCAAAAUCAGCGACCAAAAAACGUCCCCACUUAAUGAGUGCCAAACACAACUUCUUGGCACUCAAUUCAAGUACCUAGUCGCAUUUGCAAAAUCAACCUUAAACUCAAUCCUCAAAGUUAAAUUUGGGGUUUUAUUGAAUGUUGGACUAUAUUUAAAAGCCUUUACGUAUAAUUUUCUUUACCAAUAAUUCUAAAACUAUCAAAGCAAAAUUGGCCAGUUUUUAUGUCAAAUUUUCUACUUGAUUGUACGUCCUAUUAUUAUAAGAGGUCCAUGAUAAUAUCGCGAGAUAUAGCUUGGCAAAUUCGUUAGUAACACUCGAUGAUCGAUGGGAGGAGGGUAGCGAUGCCCUGCGUGCUCGACUUUACACCGCGCAAUCCUUCCCUCUGCUCCGCACGCACGACUUCACACACGCGCAGUCCUGUCCCCCCGUCGCCCGCAUAUUAUGGAAGUGUCAUCUACGAACUUGCCAAGCUAUAGAUUAUAAACUAAGGGUAUUUACAAUUUUCGGUGACAUAUACAUACUUACAAAUCAAUUUGUAUUGCCGUGCGUGAAAUACUAGUCGUAACAACUUAAGCUAUUCCCAAGAAAUCCACAUGAACUACAUAAUGAAUAGAGCGAAAAUAUGUGACCUGACAUUCCGGCGCCAUGAUUUCAAAGGGACUGGAAUACACAACCUUCAGUAACGAAGAGUACAAAGAAAAGAACUUAAGCUAACGUUAGAGGUCUGGCAAUUACCUGAUGACGCCGUUUGCUAAUUUUAAAUUCAAUUGGCUUUCUUAUUUUUGUCUAUGGUAAUUGUUAACGCUGAAAUGACGUCGAAAAAAAAUUGACACAAAAUGUAAAAAAUAAUUGUUUUCCUGCAGUAACCCUUCGCUGCGUCAGGCGAACGUCAGCUCUUGUAGUAUAUUUUCGCAAUGUGCUAUUCUAAAUACAUUUUUUGUAAAAUGUUUUGAUAUUACCAACCAAAAUACAAUACUGUUGGUAUGUUAGUCGAUAUUUCUACCAUAGGACAGUAAGGAAUUGUUGGGAUAUUAGGACGAAAUCAGUUGGUAGAUAUUGUGUGGAAAUAUCGACAAAUAUCUGUAUGUCACACUACCAUACGAUUGUGCAUACGGAGUGCAUUUUUUUGACGUGACGCAUUUCCCACAAAUCAAAUAUAAAUCGUGCGCAUUAACUUGAGUACAAACAUCAAUCGAGCCAGGUGUCAAAUUAAUCUGCACGAGCUGUUCAUAGCUAUUACCAAUAUCGACUAAAUAUUUGAAAUGAAUUUUAAUCUCUGUUCACUACCGUCAAAGUACCUAAUAUUGUAGUCUAUUGUAAGAGUACAUACCUUAUUAUUGAAAGCUUCUGGCAAGCGUUAGAUUACAUAUCUAUUUGUAAGAUAAUUUCGAAAGCAAUAUCGGAUACUUAUCUAAAAACAAACUGCUAAUGAAUAAAGGAAAUGAAACUUAUGUAUAGGAAGACUCGAAACAGUUUUUGGCUCACACAAGUCUUGCAAUUUGCAACUGAGCGUUAAUAUAUUGCAACCUAGUCAUUCACUUAAGCAAAUGAAGGACAUGAGGCGAUCAAUCUUCCUGCUCAAAAGUGUGGAAGCAAGUAAUUCUUCGAUGAGGGUGAUGGAUGCCUACUGUAUUCCUUCUUUGACAAGUUCUAUUACGCUAUUCUGAUAGGCCAAUCAACAUCUGGGAAACAGUUUUAAAUACUGAUACCGCGAACAAAAAUACGUGUGGCUCAUACGAAUCGCCAUGACGUUUAGAAAAAUGUGCAAAAAUUUCAUAUCAUCACUUAUUCAUUCCAUUCAGUGGUCAUUUAUUCUUUUGAGUGUCAAGAUUAUAUGUUAUUUCUUUUGAGUGUCAAUAUUAUGUUAUUUCUUUAAAUUUUUUUAAACUUAUAUUUAUUUUAAUACACGAAAAAAAAUAUUACUGGAACCGUCCGCUUUCCUGCGAUAACGCGGUCACGUUUAGCGGCCGCACGUAUAUUUUAUUUAAUUUAUGUUUAAACAUAAAAUAAAAAUUUAUUAUCAAUUGAGAUCCAGGUAUGUUAAUAUUAUCAUUACAAAAUUUCCUCUUCUUUAAGAAUGUUAUUCAAUUAGAUUUCAAUUUUAAUUAGAUAAUAUAAAUUCUCUAACACCAAUAGUUAAGAGUAAUUUUCAUUAAUACCCCCAUUUUUUUAAAAUCUUUGAUUGUUUAUAACUUUUGCGAUUGUUUAUGUGCGGAUCUGAAAUUUUUGCACAUAUUUCUAAACGUUAUGACUAGUCGAAUGAGCUACAAGCAUUUUUAUUAGCGGUUUCAGUAUUUACCACUGUUUCCGAGAUGUUGAUUGGCCUAUAUAGAUGUUUUUACAAAUCAACAGUGUGUCUCUAUCUAACACAAUACUGUUGAUAGAGAUAGACAAAUUGGAAACUCACACUGUAGAGUUAUAAAAAAGGUUACAGAAUAGCGUUACUGGUCUAAAACCGGUGUGUAUUUUCAUGUAGUGCAUGCAAAAGUAACUUGUUAAGUGUUCGUAGCGUAAGGAUUUUAAAAGUUGCAAGUCUUAAAAUUGGAGAUUGGUAAAAUAUGUACCUGUUUUCAAUCGUUCUUUUGUUAAUUUUUGACUAUUUAUUACUUAAAACUUAAAUACAUGAUUGUCUUAGCAUC